AUGAGUCUUCUUCGCCUUGCACGAGGACCAGUCAUUUUCAAAAGAUGUUUCACGAAAUCGCUCAUUCUUCCUCAAAUAAGCAAGCCUGCUAGACAGCAGCAGCAACAACAACAACAACAACUUACUCAGUUGGAAAUUGCAAGGUCUAGAUUUUCCAUUCAAGAGUUGGAAGAAGCUAGAUUACAGAGAGAAGCCAAGUUGGGAUGGCUCAAAAAAUUGCCUUCCAAAUGGAUCCCUUACUUUGAAUUGAUGAGAGUGGAGAAGCCAGUAGGCACAUGGUUGCUCUUGAUCCCAUGUUAUUGGUCAAUAACAAUGGCUGCGUAUUCCAUAUCGGCACCAUUGACCACAACAGUUAGUGCAAUUGGAUUGUUUUCGGCAGGUGCCUUAAUCAUGAGAGGAGCAGGAUGUACAAUUAAUGACAUUUGGGACCGGAAUCUUGAUAAUCAAGUUGCGAGAACCAUGGAGCGUCCAAUAACCAGUGGGAGAGUAUCUGUACCACAGGCAGUUGCAUGGCUCGGGGUCCAGUGUUUUGCAGGACUAGGCAUUUUAUUAAGCUUGCCAUUUGAGUGUUUCUACCUAGGUGCCCUUUCUUUGCCCUUUGUUUUUACUUACCCUUUAUUUAAAAGAUUCACGUACUAUCCACAAGCGAUAUUGUCAAUAUGUUUCAGUUGGGGAUGCCUUUUGGGAUUUCCUGCAGUUGGUGCUCCCUUAAACUUAUGGGUUGCAGUACCAUUGUUUAUAUCAAAUUGGAUCUGGUGUAUCACAUACGAUACGAUCUACGCUCAUCAGGACAAAAAGUAUGACAUCAAAGCAGGAAUCAAAUCAACUGCUUUGGCUUGGGGUCCCAAAACAAAACCGAUUUUGAAAGGGUUGACCGUUGCGCAAGCUGACUAUACAAUCAAAUUGUAA